UUUUUGGAUGAACCGAUGAGAAGGUUCACUAUAAAUACGAUACACCCUCCCACACCGAAAUGGCGACCAUCACUGUUUCUUCUUCCUCAAUCUCUUCGUCUCCUCUGUUUCUCACAACACUCAUCACUUCGCCGCAUUUCCAUUUCCUCUCCGACGGAGCUCAUGACUCGCGCUUUCACCGGGGUCACCCUCGGCCUCACCCAACCCGCUAACGUCGAAACCCACAAGAUCUCUUUUACUCCCAAGGAUGUUGAUGUCACGGAAUGGAAAGGGGACAUACUGGCAGUGGGUGUUGCGGAGAAAGACUUGGUUAGAGAUGGAAAGUUGAGGUUUGAGAAUGUGAUUCUGAACAAGAUUGACUCUAAGCUGGGUGGAUUGUUGGCUGAAGCUUCUGCUGAAGAGGAUUUCUCUGGCAAAACUGGCCAAUCGACGGUGCUUAGAGUUACAGGACUUGGAGCAAAGAGGGUUAGCUUGAUUGGUCUUGGAUCCUCUACAGCACCUUUUAAGGGUCUUGGUGAGGCUGUUGUCGCGGCUGCUAAGUCUUCUCAAGCUAGCAGUGUUGCUGUUGUUCUUGCCUCGUCUGAUGGGCUUUCUGCAGAAUCAAAGCUUAGCAGUGCUUAUGCAAUUGCGUCUGGACUUAUGCUGGGAUUCUUUGAAGAUAAUAGAUACAAGUCAGAAUCAAAGAAACUAGCACUUAGAUCCGUUGACAUUAUUGGUCUAGGAACUGGACCUGAAUUGGAGAAGAAGCUUAAGUACGCAGGAUAUGUUUCUUCUGGAAUAAUUUUUGGAAGGGAGCUUGUGAAUUCUCCUGCUAAUGUUCUCACACCAGGGGGGUUGGCUGAAGAGGCAUCUAAGGUUGCUUCUUCCUAUAGUGAUGUUUUCACUGCUACAAUUUUAAAUGCUGAGCAAUGCAAGGAGUUGAAAAUGGGGUCCUAUCUUGGUGUUGCUGCAGCCUCAGCAAAUCCUCCUCAUUUUAUACAUCUGCGUUACAAACCUCCAACUGGACCUGUAAAUGUCAAGUUGGCUUUAGUUGGGAAAGGUUUGACUUUCGAUAGUGGAGGCUACAACAUCAAGACUGGACCUGGCUGUUCAAUUGAACUCAUGAAAUUUGAUAUGGGUGGUUCAGCCGCUGUUUUAGGCGCAGCUAAAGCUCUUGGUCAAAUCAAACCUCUUGGGGUGGAGGUUCAUUUUAUAGUUGCAGCUUGUGAGAAUAUGAUAAGUGGAACAGGUAUGAGGCCUGGAGACGUUGUCACAGCUUCAAAUGGAAAGACUAUAGAGGUUAACAACACUGAUGCUGAGGGUAGACUUACCCUGGCUGAUGCUCUGGUGUAUGCAUGUAACCAAGGUGUGGAAAAGAUUGUUGACUUGGCUACCUUAACUGGGGCUUGUGUAGUUGCUCUUGGCCCCUCAAUUGCAGGUGUGUUUACACCCAGUGAUGACCUGGCUAAAGAAGUUCUUGAAGCUUCUGAAGCAAGUGGGGAGAAACUAUGGAGGCUGCCAUUAGAGGAAAGUUACUGGGAAACCAUGAAAUCUGGAGUAGCUGAUAUGGUGAACACUGGUGGUAGACAAGGUGGUGCUAUUAUUGCUGCUCUUUUCUUAAAGCAGUUUGUUGAUGAAAAGGUUCAAUGGAUGCAUAUUGACAUGGCUGGUCCUGUGUGGAAUGACAAGAAGCGAUCAGGAACAGGAUUUGGCAUUGCUACUUUAGUGGAAUGGGUUUUGAAAAAUGCUUCUUAAUAUUGUUACAUCGUGUGAAUGAAGCACAAAGAUGAGAGAAUGAGAUAAAUUCAUCUUUGUGGUUUUUCUGGUUCAAAGUGGUUGACUGGUUGUUGGUUAUAUCAAUAAAUUAUUUGCAGGGAGGAUGAAAAAGGUGGAAUGCUAAGGCAUAAUCAAGUGUAUUCAAACUUUUUUUAAUACAAAAGACUUUUUGUCUUGUC